AUGAGAUGGCGACGCGCCCCGCGCCGCUCCGGGAGGACCGGCCCCCGGGCCCAGCGCCCCUGCCCCGCCGCCCGCUCGCCGCCGCCGCUGCUGUGGACCGCGGCCCUGGCGCCGGAGGCGGCCGCCAGCAACGAGGUGGCUCCCGCGGGGGCCUCGGUGUGCUACGAGUCCCCGCCCAGCGUGGGCUCGGUGCAGGAGCUGGCUCAGCGCGCCGCGGUGGUGAUCGAGGGAAAGGUGCACGCGCCGCGGCGGCAGCAGGGGGCACUCGACAGGAAGGCGGCGGCGGCGGCGGCGGCGGGCGAGGCAGGGGCGUGGGGAGGCGAGCGCCAGCCGUCAGCCGCGGGCCCGGGAGCGCUGCCCGCUGCCAACGGGACCGUGUCCCACUGGCCCGCGGGCCCCGCGCCCAGCGCCGCCGAGCCCGGAGACGAGGCGCCCUAUCUGGUGAAGGUGCACCAGGUGUGGGCGGUGAAAGCCGGGGGCCUGAAGAAGGACUCGCUGCUCACCGUGCGCCUGGGCGCCUGGGGCCACCCCGCGUUCCCCUCCUGCGGGCGGCUCAAGGAGGACAGCAGGUACAUCUUCUUCAUGGAGCCCGAUGCCAACAGCAGCGGCCGCGCGCCGGCCGCCUUCCGAGCAUCCUUCCCCCCUCUGGAGACGGACCAGAACCUCAAGAAGGAAGUCAGCCGGGUGCUGUGCAAGCGGUGCGGUAAGUUCCUCGCCUCGCGGGGCGCGCUCGGGCGGGGCGGGGAGGCCGCACUCCCGGGGCGCGGCGGGCGCCGGGCUUCGACGGCUUCCGGGCGGACGCGGUCUGAGCGGUGGAGUUUCGGGCUUGGAAGACUGUGGGCGAUCCUCAAGAGGAGGAAGGUUCGCGGAUUGGAUUCCACGGGCAGCGCCUUCUCCAGUGUCCCUGUUUCGAGGCAUUGCCAUUGGUGA